AGUAAACAAGCAUGGCGAAUAUUGAUGACAGCAGGAUGAGAGAAGUUGUCAAAAUUAUCAUCUAAUUUUGGUGUCAUUUAUGCUGAAUAAUGGAGGAUGGAAAUGGCCAGUUUCCACUCCACAUCCAGACUGGCGAUGGGGAAUUUAUAGUGAAGGAGGAGGAGGAUCUAUCCAGCCCCACCAGCCCCGAUUACUACACUUCUCCUGACGGAUCGUUUGAUCGGGGUGUACGGCUGAAGCGGCGCCGUCGGUGUGGACAGUGUGGACCAUGUCAGGUGAAAGAGAACUGCAACAAAUGUCAUUUCUGUGUCAGACGGGAUGUACUAAAACAGACUUGUAUGUACCGUAAGUGUGUGUACCUACGGUCAAAGCCCAAGCCCUACUCUCGACCUAAAGAGACACCUCUUGCUUCAUCAGCUGCCAGUGUUCUGUCCCCAAAUUCUCAAGAGGGUCACAGUAACAUAACCUCUCCUACGGCUUCAGGACCAAGUAGGUUUCUUGAUGGUCCUUCACCACCAAACAGGAGUGAUGUGGCCAAGCCAAUAAUGCCUCCUAAGUUAUCCGAUCAUUUCCCUUAUCCACAUGGACAAGGAUUCCCCUCAUUUGAGCCUAUCAUACGACCACAAGGGCCAUGUUCUGCCCCUCCAGCACCAGGGCACACGCCGCACAGGAUCCCUACCACCUCCCCGGCCAUUCCUGCCUCUGUGAUUGGCCAGCAUGCGAUGGUGCCAGGUCUAGUGGACCAAUCAUCCUUGUCUCAUAAUCACCAGAUUGUCAUGCCUCCACCACCACCAACAUUAAAUGACUUUAAUGAGAGAACUUUCAGUGAAUUUAGGAGUCAGCACAUGUUAGGCAUGUCUCAUAAUCAAGUCCACUCUACACCACAUCCUUUCGGUAUAAAGGAUCCACCAGAACUAUCGGAUGUACACUUUCCUCCAUAUGGCCGACCAGAUUCACAGAGGACUCCGACCGGGCCAUCAUCCUGUGUAUAUCCUCAUGGUAUAGCGCCCUCCAUGGCUGCUGUUGGGUUCAACAGUUCAGUGGACAGUUCCUCUGUGCUGGGAUCUCUGGACCGACAGACAAGAGCAUUUUUUCCCACGCACAACACAGAUAUGUUCCGCCACUUUCCUCCUCUACCUCCAGGCUAUGCGUAUCCCUCGGGACGAUAUGGUCAGAAUUUCACAUCGCCUCACUAUCCCCGAUUUGGGUCGAUGGGUAUGCCACCACCACCUCCUCCACCGCCCCCAAAUUUGGGCCUGAAGCCUCAGGGUGGUCACACCCAGCCCUGGGGCUUCACUCCAACCUAUUCCAGCUGUGAACAAUCUAAUGGGUGUCCAAAAAACGGGUGUUGUCCUCCUGUGUCCAAAAAUUUGGGUUCGGAAGCCCAAGUGAUGCAGGAGAUAUAUGGAAAUGUCCUCAACUCUAGGGUACCUUACCCUAUACCAUCACCAAUAGGUAUUGACUGCUCCCCUUCUCAGCGGAGACCAGGGUCUGCCAUGAGUGAUGAUUCAGGCAGAAUGAGCAUGGCAUCAUCAGAUUUUGAGUCUGAUGUCAUCAGUAUUGAUGAUUGUCAGAUGAAUGCUUUGAUUCGUUCAGAUGGAAGCAACAGUCUACAAAUUGAGAUCGGAAGUUCUGGGAUACGGACCAAGCAUGACAGCCCUGUCAGGAAGGGCAAAUCCAAGUUCACAAUGGACUCAAUUCUUGCACCGUCGUUACAAAAUCUUACCUCUCCUCAUGAUGAAUGUGAAAUAGUGGAAGACAUCAUGGUCAACAGGAAAUGUACCAUCAAUGGGACUGUGUAUGUAAAGCAGGACCUCGGGGACAGCGGGGUCGUCCAGCUGGAAAUUCCAGGCAACAAGGUCACCUUGGAAGACAGCUACCUUGACGACAAGUUGGCAGGUUACUCAAGCAAUCUCGGAGAACUGCUGGAAUUUAUCAGAAAGGAACCACAAAUAGAAUUUCUGAGAAAUAACUAAAAUUAUAUCUCUAUAUAGUAUAGAUGUAUCUUAUGAAAUAUUCUGAAAUUUUGUUUAAAAUGUAAACCAUAUUUCUUAAUUUUCAACGGUAUCCUUUUUGACAAGCUGAUUAUUUUACCAUGCAAAAGCCUAAGUCUUCUUUUAAAGUGUAACUACAUGAAAUUGGCACAGUAUUUUACGUAUGUGUUUAUUGAUUCUCUAUUUGUAUUUUAUAUUUUGGUUUCAAUUAUUUUUCCAGUUUUUAUAAAGGCACCUUGAUCCUGAUUUAGGUCAAGCCCUGAUAUCGACCCAGAGACCCGAGUUGUUUAAGUCUCCUUCUUCACCAUACAAUGUGAUCCAAGCAGAAACCUAUAACCAACAUAGAGUAACUAGAACGAAUAUUAAAUUACUUAUUUAAACACUAAACAUUAGUCUAGACUGACUGUUAUUUCAUAUCUAGGUAUUUACCACAUCCUUGUAACAAUACUGUAUUAUACCAGAUAUACUACACUGUUUGCCUUAUCAGUGCUAUUCAAAUACUUAUAUAAAACGCAAUUUAUUGGCCUGAAUUAGUUGAAUAUUUUCUUGAAGUAUGAAAAAGUCUCAGUGAAGCAUUUCUUUAGCUUUUGCAUAUAUUUGAUAAAAUUGCAAGCGUUUACAAAAAGGGACUUAUAUAUAUUUAUGCAAGUCUAAAAGUCUAAAUGUCUAAAAAGUCUAAAAG